AUGUUGACAGUUACUUCAGCAUUGAGGAGCAAGUUCUUCGAAGGCUUGGCCCGCAUCCGAGGAUCAUUAGGUCCCCAUCCUAGUGGUCUCCUCUUGGUUGAAGCAAGCCAUGGGAAUCUCCAGUGCUAUCUACAUGAACACAAUGCUUCGAUUCCAUCCUGUCUCCGUCAGAAAUGGUUCAUCCAGGCCGUCAAAUCUAUCGCUUUUAUCCACAGCCGAGGAGUUAUACACAGUGACUUGCGACCCGAGAACUUCCUCGUUCACGGUACUGCUCCGAUUUCGUUUGACUUAUGGCUUUGUGACUUCGGCGGUUCCACAUGCGAAGAGCUUGCGCUCUCCGCCAAGAAACUUCCAGACUCUGGGUUUUUUAAUCCGAAGCUACCGUGGGAACCAACCUUUACGGUUGAUAUAUUCAGCCUCGGAUCCGUCCUGUAUGCCAUCGUCAAAGGACACUGGCCGUUCCGCACAGGUACAGGACCUUUUACCUCCAUAGAGGAAAUGGACGAGUGCGAAGCGAGUGUGGACGCUUGCUUUGCAAGCGGAAAAUUCCCCAGCGUUGAGGGACUGUUUGGAGGGGAUAUAAUACUGGGCUGUUGGGAUGGAACGUUCUCGAAGGCUUCAGAAAUCAUGGCCGCCGUUAACAAACUGGAGUUUUAA